AUGAGGAUGCAAUUGGAACGAUCAGAAGUGGCAUUCAAUAUGUUCACUAAUGGUUCAUCAAAGAGAAUCAAUUUGGAAGCUCGUUAUAACUUGACAGAUGAAGCUAUAAGGAAUAUGAGUGAUUGGCCACCAGUAGUACUGCAGUACGAAACACAUAAAAAGCUUCAUCUCGAUAAGGAUACUUUUCAAGCAAAUUUGACUAAAUUCAGGCAGACUGUGAAUGAAAGCACGGUUAUGGACGUUUUGGGUUGGUACACCUCUGUAAAUGCUGCCCUUCUAGACCAUCUCACUAACCAAAUCAAGGAGAACGACAACAGUGGCGUUUGGAGAUAUCUGUUGGCCUUCAAAAACUUGCUGAAAAGCAUCGAAAGCACAGGAAUAGCGAGCGUGUAUGGUGUCAACUACUUCGGUCAAGGCCGCCUCCAGCUAUUGAGCUAUAUCAGCUUCGUGACUCAUUCUGCAUUAGCCAAUGAUCUGCUCAACACUGCCUUCAAUUAUGUGCCGCAAAUGAAGAAGGAAUAUCAAGAUUUGGCUGCUAAUAUGCCCAACUAUGGCAAUAUCCAACUCAGGAACAAUAUAAUCCUGCAAAAUGUACAAAGGAAUGCAAGUGACCUCAAAGCUCGAGAAUACUUCGACCUAAUGGCAAUUUACACAGACGAACUGAGGAAAAUACAACGAUCACUUCGUGUCAUCAUCCAGGAGUACGUGAACGAAAAUCUACGAGAUUCAGCACACAGAGAAGCCAUCGGGAUCGGAACGCUCGUUCUCGUUCUGUCUGUUUCUCCAGUGAUCAUCUGGUUAGUUAGGAAUGCAGUGGCCACUAUUCAGGUACCAGCUGAAUACUAUGCUUCAGUCACUGUAUAUUUCAGUGAUAUUGUCGGAUUUACUGAAAUCGCAGCAGUGAGUACGCCUUUAGAAGUAGUGACGUUUCUCAAUAAAAUUUACAAACAAUUCGAUGCUAGGAUAGAGUGUUAUGACGUCUACAAGGUUGAAACAAUCGGAGACUCUUAUAUGGUUGCUUCUGGAUUACCGGUUAAGAAUGGCAACAAACAUGUUACUGAAAUAGCGAGUAUGGCGCUGGACCUUCUCGCGGGAUCCACGCAGUUCAAGAUCCCGCAUCGUAAAUCGGAGCGCCUUCAGAUAAGGUCUGGGGCUCACACGGGACCCGUAGUGGCUGGCAUCGUGGGGUCCAAGAUGCCGAGGUACUGCCUUUUCGGGGACACCGUCAAUACUGCUUCUAGAAUGGAAUCUACGGGCGAAGCAUCAAAAAUUCACAUCAGUCUAGAAAUGAAGAAAGCGCUGGAUACAAUAGGUGGUUAUAGGACGGAACAUAGAGGACUAGUGGACGUGAAGGGUAAAGGACUUAUGGAUACAUACUGGUUAACAUGUAAGGAAGGAGGAACAAACCGAGCAGUGGAGAUGGAUGUACCGACAUAUUUCCCUGAGGAUGAAGAUCUUGAGCCAGUUUUCAUCAAGAGACUGCGAAAUGAAAAUUACUUUUGAUUUCUUGAUGUUAGUUUUUCGGUGUACCUAUACCUACCUAAUAUUAAAUGUUGAUCACUUACAAUGCAUGUUGAGAAGUUGUAUCCCGUUGAGAUAUGUUCAAGAUAUUCAAAUUGUUUUUCCAUGUUGCCAUAAAAAACAGAUGCCUAAA